AAUAUGAAAAGAAACUAUGAAGUGCUGAUUGCUAUAGGUUUCAGAGCCACUCGACCAGAUUUCAUGCAUCACCGCAGGCAGGUCAUCAAGCCCCAGGUAGAUGACCCUGAGGAUUCUGAUGAAGAAUGGACACCAAGGCAGCAAGGUAAACCUUCUUCGUUGGCCUUCAGAGUGGACCACAGUAAACACCAGAAGAGAAUGUCCAGGACACCAUUAAGUAAGGAAUCUAGUUUGAAGGAAUUGCCGGAAGCAGCAAAAUCGCUGAAGACAAGUGGCUCCAAGCAGGCUCAGAAACCAGUGCCCCAUCACAGAAAAGCAAGGACCCCUGGACAGCACCCCAGACAAAAAGUCGAACUCAGAAGAAAGGAGACUGGAGUGAGGAGGUACAGUCUACGGGAAAGAAAGGGCCACGUGUACCAAGAGGUCAGCGAGCCCCAGGAUGACGACUACCUCUAUUGUGAGGAGUGUCAGAACUUCUUCAUCGACAGCUGUGCUGCCCAUGGGCCCCCAACCUUUGUAAAGGACUGUGCAGUGGAAAAGGGGCAUGCCAACCGCUCAGCCCUCACUCUGCCCCCUGGGUUAAGCAUCAGACUGUCGGGCAUCCCUGACGCUGGGCUUGGAGUGUGGAACGAGGCGUCCGAUCUGCCGCUGGGCCUGUACUUUGGCCCCUAUGAGGGCCAGAUCACAGACGAUGAAGAGGCCGCCAACAGUGGAUACGCCUGGCUGAUCACCAAAGGGAGGAACUCCUACGAGUAUGUGGAUGGAAAGGACACGUCUUGGGCCAACUGGAUGAGGUAUGUGAACUGUGCCCGGGACGACAAGGAGCAGAACCUGGUGGCCUUCCAGUAUCACGGGCAGAUCUUCUACCGAACCUGCCAGGUGGUCAGGCCGGGCUGUGAGAUGCUGGUCUGGUAUGGGGACGAGUAUGGUCAGGACCUUGGCAUCAAGCGGAACAGCAGGGGGAAGAGUGAGCUCGCGGCCGGGAGAGAACCGAAGCCCAAGAUCCACCCAUGUGCCUCCUGUUCUCUGGCCUUCUCCAGUCAGAAAUUCCUCAGCCAACACACCCAACGCAGUCACCCCUCUCAGACCCUCCUGAGUGAAAGAGACCUCCUCCAACCAGAGGAUCCCUACCCAGGCAAUCAAAAUCAGCGAUAUUCAGAUCCACACAGCCCGAGCGACAAACCUGAGGAUCAGGAGGCCAAGGACAGGCCCCAACAAUUGCUGAAAAGCAUAAGGCUGAAGAGGAUUUCAAGGGCCUCUUCCUACUCACCCGGAGGACAAAUGGGGGGUUCUGGGGUGCAUGAGAGAAUGAAAGACGAGCUCAGCACAAGCCAGAAACUGAAUCCAGAGGAUACAGGCACAUUGCUCAUGGGGGCAGGGGUCGCAGGGAUUAUGAGGUUCACGUACGGAGAGUGUGGGCAAGGCUCCAAGGACAGGUCAAGUCUCACCACACACGAGAGGACACACACAGGGGAGAAGCCCUAUGUUUGCGGGGAGUGUGGGCGAUGCUACUGUCAGAAGGCUCAUCUCAUCAGACACCAGAGGACACACACAGGGGAGAAGCCCUAUGUUUGCGGGGAGUGUGGGCGAAGCUUCAGUCAGAAGUCCGUCCUCAUCACCCACCAAAGGACACACACAGGGGAGAAGCCCUAUGUUUGCAAGGGGCUCAGCAGGCUGAAGUCCGCCCGGCCACCAGAAGACACCAAGGGGAGAGACAGUGGCCAGGCCCCACCUGACAUCGUGACUGCCCUGCACGGUCACACAGGACACCAGCAGUCACGGGACGGACAGCCAGCUGCCUCCAUCGCACACUCCACCCUGACCACGGCGGCCCCGUGGCUGUACCAGCCCCGCCUGCGCGCGGCUCUGCUUGGCUGCCGGGGCUCAGGGACCCUGGGUGAGUCGAGGAAGGUGUUUGGCAACAUCAGCCACAAAGACACUAAAGAGGAGCAAGGCCACAGCAGGCGGGGCUGGGUAUUCCUGGGGGAGCAGAGGGGCCUUGGACACUCCAUGCUGUACCCCUGCCCCACCGGCUUCUCCUCCUUCUCGCUGGGCAUGCAGCUUUCACCUGCUGGGUGCCCGCCAGUCAGGGGCUCCCAAGACACCAAGCUGGGGUUGGCGAUGGGGGAGCUGGAUGCCAGGGAACCCGAUACCAUGCAGCAGCAACCGGCCGGGCCGCUGGAGCUCCGCGCUCAGAUGCAGUUCCGUCUGAGCAUCCCCCCUCCUCCAAGAAGGCGCCUCUCUGGGCUCGCCGCCCGUCAGCCCCUGCCUCCCCGUGUCCUGUGUCCUUCUCAGCACAGACCACCAUCUGGAACGGCCUCCCCGCCACCUGCGUGA